AUAAAGUAGCAGUAAUUUAGAGAGGAAGACGAGACAGCAGGACAAUGCUCUGUCCGUUUCGAGAGAAGACGCACUACAAAGGAAGUGUUAGAUAAGAUAGCAGUGUUUGAGGAGACACACAGACUCUGUGAAGGAUCAACACACACACACACACACACACACACACACACACACAGAGGAAACGUGGGGGUCUAUAAAAGACGUGGACGCUGUCCUGUGUGACGUGAUAAGCUGGGAUCAAGGCUGAGACCUGCACCGAGGUCUGACGUCUAACAGAUAUCAGCUACUGCGUCCUCACCCCGCUGCGCCACAGGAAGUGACACGUACACGCUUUUAAACUUGUAAACAUGUACACUGUCUGUGGUGCCGUGACCAAACACGACUUCUUUCUAUAAGAAAUAAAAUGCAGUGUGUUCUGCGCUAUACCAGGCUACAGAGAAAGCCUCCUCCUUCAGGCUACACAUUCUUAUAUGCAAAUGGUCAUGACGACACCAAUGAAUAUGCAAAUCAGCCCGUGACGUCACUUGGCAAGUUAGCACGCAUUAGAGACUUUCUCCUGAAAGGAGUUUAUGCAGCCCAGUGCGUGUGUGUGUGUGUGUGUGUGUGUGUGUUCUCUCCGCAGUCAUGCUCCCCCCGGUGCGCUGCAGUGAUGACGGUGACAUGGAGCGCGAGUAGCGGCUGGUCUCUGUGUGCGCUCGCGGCGCUCGUGAUGGCGCUGAUCGGCGCGCGCACCGUCACCUGCCGCAGCGCGCGAGAGCCUCAGCACGCGCUCCCGGGCAUCACCGCAAACACCAACAGCAACAACACCAACAACACCAACAGCAACAACACCAACAACAGCUCCAGCUCCAGCUCCAGCUCGAACUCCUCCAUCUCCGCUGCCCCGGCACGGCGCGCGCGCAGUUACCCUCACCUGCAGGGCGACACGCGCCGCCGGAAGCUCUACUCUUUCCAGAGGCUGUUCCUGCGGAUAGACGGCACCGGGGGAGUGAGCGGCACCAGGAGCAAAGACGACGCGCACACUAUUCUGGAGAUCACGUCUGUAGAUGUGGGAGUGGUGGCCAUACGGAGCCUGACCACCGGUUAUUACCUCGCCAUGAACAGGAGAGGAGAGGUGUACGGAGAGAGAGAGUACAGUGUGAACUGUUGGUUAAAGGAGCGCAUCGAGGAGAACGGCUACAACACGUACGCCUCGGCGCAGUGGAGGAAACGGCACAGAGCGAUGUUCAUUAGCCUGAACGCUAAUGGGAAACCGCUGCGUGGCAGAAAAACACACAGGAGGAACACAAACACACACUUCCUGCCCAUCGCCGUGUGAGUGUGAGACGAAACCUCACCGAAGUGUAAUAAAGGACCGAAGAGAAGCUCGGUACUGAGGGACACGGAGGAAACCUGAAAACUCAGAACCUGGAAUUCUGAAGUUAGGAUUCAGAACCUGAAAACUCAGAACAUGAAAAUUCAGAACCUGGAAUUCUGAAGUUAGGAUUCAGAACCCUGAAAACUCAGAACCUGGAAUUCUGAACUUAGGAUUCAGAACCUGAAAACUCAGAACCUGAAAACUCAGAACCUGGAAUUCUGAAGUUAGGAUUCAGAACCUGAAAACUCAGAACAUGAAAAUUCAGAACCUGGAAUUCUGAAGUUAGGAUUCAGAACCCUGAAAACUCAGAACCUGGAAUUCUGAACUUAGGAUUCAGAACCUGAAAACUCAGAACAUGAAAAUUCAGAACCUGGAAUUCUGAAGUUAGGAUUCAGAACAUGAAAACUCAGAACAUGAAAACUCAGAACCUGGAAUUCUGAAGUUAGGAUUCAGAACCGGAAAACUCAAUACCUGGAAUUCUGAAGUUAGGAUUCAGAACCUGAAAACUCAGAACCUGGAAUUCUGAAGUUAGGAUUCAGAACCUGAAAACUCAGAACCCUGAAAACUCAGAACCUGGAAUUCUGAAGUUAGGAUUCAGAACCUGAAAACUCAGAACAUGAAAAUUCAGAAGUUAGGAUUCAGAACCUGAAAACUCAGAACCUGGAAUUCAGAAGUUAGGAUUCAGAACCUGAAAACUCAGAACCUGGAAUUCUGAACUUAGGAUUCAGAACCUGAAAACUCAGAACCUGAAAACUCAGAACCUGGAAUUCAGAAGUUAGGAUUCAGAACCUGAAAACUCAGAACCUGAAAACUCAGAACCUGGAAUUCAGAAGUUAGGAUUCAGAACCUGAAAACUCAGAACCUGAAAACUCAGAACCUGGAAUUCUGAAGUUAGGAUUCAGAACCGGAAAACUCAGAACAUGAAAAUUCAGAACCUGGAAUUCUGAAGUUAGGAUUCAGAACCUGAAAA